AUGUGGCAAAGAAGCUUACAAAGAGGUUUCCAUGAAAAUAUGGUAACUUUGUAACAGCAGUCAAACUGCUAGGCUGAACAUCAAGUCACCGUUAACACUUGGGUCUUUCCUCAACUCAGACAAGCACCAUGUCGCCGAUACCCAUCACUAGAGAAGUUGCUUCGUCAUCCUGCGAUUUUUCAAUUGAUGAUGAUGAUAUGAGCAGAAGACGUCUUUCUGUCCUCAGAUUAUACUCAAAACGUCUUCAUGCUUCCCCUUGGAUCAGCCACACGCGCCUCCUCGCGGUCAGCAGAAAUCUGGCAGGAAAGAGCAUAAAAACGCCACCACGACACAGGAGGGAGAGAGUGAGAUUCAUGAAAACCGAGCCAAGGGAGUAGGAGAUCCAAUGGCCACACAAAGGCAGGCGGGCAUAGACCCUGCCUUACUGGAUUACAUAAUCGAAAGGCUAACGGAGGUCCGAUCAGCUAGGCUAGGCAAACAGCUGGUGGAGCUCUCGGAGACUGAGAUCAGAAAGCUGUGUCUAGCUUCUAAGAAUAUCUUUCUUCAACAGCCUAAUUUGCUUGAGAUCAAACCUCCCAUCAAGAUUUGCGGGGACAUUCAUGGCCAAUAUUGUGAUUUAUUAGGGCUUUUUGAGCGUGGUGGUUAUCCCCCUGAAGCCAAUUACUUAUUUUCAGGGAACUAUGUUGACCAUGGGAAGCAAAGUUUGGAGACAAUAUGCCUUUUGCUUGCUUAUAAGAUCAAAUAUCCAGAGAACUUCUUUCUUCUGAGAGGAAACCAUGAAUGUGCUUCUAUCAAUCGGAUAUAUGGAUUUUAUGAUGAAUGUAAACGGCGUUAUAAUGUGAGGCUUUGGAAAAUCUUUACUGACUGCUUCAAUUGCCUUCCUGUUGCGGCACUAAUAGAUAAGAAAAUAUUGUGCAUGCAUGGCGGUCUUUCCCCUGAUUUGGCAAAUUUGGAUGAAAUUAGAAAUUUACCUAGACCAACUGAUGUUCCAGACACUGGUUUACUAUGCGAUUUGCUCUGGUCAGAUCCUUGUAGAGAUAUUCAGGGUUGGGGAAUGAAUGACGGAGGAGUUUCAUAUACUUUUGGUCCUGAUAAGGUGUCAGAAUUCUUGACAAAGCAUGAUUUAGAUCUUGUCUGUCGUGCAAAUCAGUUUGUGGAGGAUGGGUAUGAAUUCUUUGCAGAAAGGCAGCUUGUCACUAUUUUUUCAGCUCCCAACUAUCGUGGUGAAUAUGAUAACGUUGGUGCCAUGAUGAGAGUAGAUGAAAAUCUGAUGUGCACCUUUCAGAUUUUGAAGCCUGUUUUGAGAAAAAAAAAAUGUGACGGAUGCAGCAUCUUUGAUCCCUAGACAUUGCAGAUGAUGAUAAUGCUUAUGUUGUUUAUGCGUUUUGUGUUCGUUUGUGGAUUCUUGUUUGUAUCUUCUUUUUGCCCCAUCUCAGUUUUCUUUCUUCUUUAAUGCAAGCCAUUUCCUCUAUAUUAAUGAAGCAUAUGCAUUGUUUGUA